AUGAAAGGGGAAGGUGAAAAAUGUAAAGGAAAAGAGAAAACGAAAGAGAAGACGAAAGGGAAGGGUGAGAACGAAAGGGAAAGGAAAAACGAAAGGGAAUAUUUCGAAAGUUCGGCGGCCAUUGGACAGACCGGAAUUCAAUAUUUCGAAGGUUCAGCAGCUCAUUGGACGUAUGGAAUUCAACAUUUCGAAGGUUCAGCGGCUUAUUGGACGUAUGGAAUUCAACAUUUCGAAGGUUCAGCGGCUUAUUGGACGUAUGGAAUUCAACAUUUUGAAGGUUUUCUAUUUUGGCACUGGUGCGGAUUAUCCAUAGAUUAUCGGAUAUCUGAUAAAUAUAGAUUAUCGUUAAAUAAUAAUAAUUGUGCAUUUAUUAAUAAAUAA